CGAUGGUACACUGACGUCCACCGCGCAGGGCUCGCCGCGGUCGGUGGCACCUUAAAAGCCGCGCCUCAAGGUCCUCGGAGCCAUCCGCGUCUUCGGCGGCUCCACCGACCGAAGAUCGACCCGACUGAAGCGUGGUGCCCCCGAGAGGACAUCAUCUGUGGUAUUCACUUCUCACAUUGACGAAAAGCUACCAACAGAAGUUGUCCGUGCCGCCGCCAUGAUUCACCUUUUCCUGUUGGCUGGCCUUUUAGGGUCAGGGUUGUCGGCUGACCCCGUAGUGAAGGUGGAGCAGGGUCUUCUUCUGGGUGCUCUCCAGCCCGGGGCCAAAGGAACGGCUUCGUUCUACUCUUUCAAGGGCAUUCCGUACGCAGCGCCGCCUCUCGACAGUCUUCGCUUCAAGGCGCCGCGGCCAGCCAUUCCGUGGAGCGGAGUUCGCAACGCGACGGUGGAAGGCAGCAUGUGCAUGCAACCCACCUUCACUGGUCAAGUCGUCGGCUCGGAGGACUGCCUUUUCGUCAACGUGCACACGCCGAAACUCACUUGCGACUCUCUGCUGCCCGUGUUCGUCUUCAUUCACCCGAGCGCCUUUUACUUCGGCGACGGCGGCACGGGCUUCUACGGCCCGGACUUCAUCAACUACAACGGCGUCGUCCUCGUCGCGUUCAACUACCGGCUGGGGCCUCAAGGCUUCCUCAACCUGGAGACCCCCGGCGCCCCGGGCAACGCCGGCCUCAAGGACACGUUGGCCGCCCUGCAGUGGGUCCAGAAGAACAUCCGGGCGUUCUGCGGCGACCCCAGCAAAGUGACUGUCGGCGGCAACUCGGCGGGCGCCAUGAUGGCCCACGUGCACGCUCUCAGCCCCAAGAGCCAAGGCCUCUUCCAGCGUGCCGCGCUCAUCAGUGGCAAUGCCCUCACCAACCCCUGCUACAUGGACUCGCACCUGGCGGCGGCCCGCGAGCUGGGCGGCCUGUUGGGGGUCAGCGACCCCGCGUCCUUGGAGAGCACACUGCGAGCGGCCACCGGGGAGCAGCUCAUCUCGGCAUUCCGGAAAAUGAUGAUGACGGAGGGCCAUCCAAACUUGAUGUUCAAGUUCGCCAUGUCGCCUGAGAAACCAUCGGCGUCUGAAGGUGACCUUGCGGGCUCCACGUUCCUGACCUCCUCCCCCGAACUGCUGGUCCGCCAACACAAGGUCAGCCCGGUGCCAAUCCUCACCGGCAACACCGCGCAGGAGUCGGCCUCCAUGUUCCACUUGGGCGUCAUAAGUGAGGUCAUCAACGGCAGUGAGGCUGCCAUGCUCGCACGAGUCAAUAAGCGGUUCCCAGAGAUCCUGCAGCGAGAAGCCCUGCUGAUUCCCGAAGACAUCGCCAAGCUUCUCGGCGUCUCGCGUGGAGCUGGUGGGGCAAACCAGCAGGAGGCCCUCUUGAAGCUGGUUCGCAGCGAGUACGCCGGCGGUCGCACGACGCUCUCGAGGGACGAGUACAUCAGUAUCGUGUCCGGAAUGGUGUAUGUGGGCCCACUGUUAAACUACCUGCGUCUGUGCCGCGAUGGAGAGGUCUACUUGUACGAGACGGACUCUGUCUCCAGCUACAACCUCCUCACCAGGGGCCUUUUCCAAGUUCCCUACGCUACAACCACCGCUCACGUCGAUGACCUCGGAUGGCUGUUCCGCCCGUACUCGGUGCCCAUCCAGCAGGACUAUCACGGCGAGGGGUUGGACUCUGCCUUGUUGCGAACCUUCACCACGUUGGUAACGGACUUCAUCAAGGGGAAAGCGGUUGGAACCCCAGCAGUGUGUCGUGAAUCAUCACUGCCCUUUAUCCACAUCAACGGCUCUCAACCAGUCGCGGAUACCGAUUACUUCCAGGGAAAAUCUCGGCUCUGGGAGCGCGUAUGGGACUUGCGUCGGAAGCAGUAAACAGCAUUGCGUGCCUAUCAUCUAGUCCUUCUAACAAUGAAUGAGUUAAAUUGAAAAUACGCGGAAAACCAUUUUAUUUAAUAGUAGGGAUUGAAACUGUAGCUGGAAUCUGAAAUCAAAUAAACAAAACAAAGAAAAGAUCGUUACCAAA